ACCCAAAGAAGCCGUUGGGAGCUGGGGAGAAGGAGGCGUGAAGAGGAACGUAGCGACCGACGGGUGAGGUUUCCCUGGAACAGAUUUCGAGACGUCACCCGGUUGAGUAUGGCUGAUUUCUUCUCUCAGUCAGAGCCGCUGGCUCCGCUAGAACUCAACCGAGACUUCAAGAAGCCAGCCCUGCCGGUGCCCCCGGCGGUGCAGGUGAAGGUUCCGGUCACUAAUCCUUCAAACCCUGAGGAGGUGAAGAAAGAAAGGCCCACGGCGCUGCUGGACACUGAUUCCGCGGAGCCCGACGUCUCGCCAGCCCCGCCUGACAGCGGGGAGACUAGGGGUCCACAGGAGGAGAAGCUGCGUCCCCUCACAGCGGCUUCUUCCCCUGGCGGCCCAUCCCGAGCGCCUGCCUACCAAGAGCCGCCUUGGGGCGGCCCGGCCACAGCCCCCUACAGCCUAGAGAUCCUGAAGGGCGGCAUCAUUCUUGGCACCCGUAGCUUGAAAGGGGCGAGUCGCUGUCUUUUCGGGCGGCUGUCUAGCUGCGACGUGUGCCUGGAGCACCCUUCGGUGUCUCGGUACCACGCCGUGCUACAGCACAGGGUGUCGGGGCCUGACGGAGAAUGCGGCGGCCACGGGCCCGGCUUCUACCUCUACGAUCUGGGAAGCACCCAUGGCAGUUUUCUCAACAAAACCCGCAUCCCACCCCGCACCUAUUGUCGGGUCCACGUCGGACAUGUUCUUCGCUUUGGAGGCAGCACCCGGCUCUUUAUUCUGCAGGGACCAGAGGAAGACCGAGAGGCGGAAUCUGAGUUAACUGUAACACAGUUGAAGGAAUUGCGCAAGCAGAAACAAAUGAUGUUGGAGAAGGAGAUGUUAGGAGAAGACUCAGAUGAAGAAGAGGAAAUGGAUACCACCGAAGGGAAGAGAAAUACUAGUAGUCAAGAUGAUGAGAUGGGCUGCACCUGGGGAAUGGGAGAAGAUGCUGUAGAGGAUGAGGCUGAAGAGAACCCUAUUGUCUUAGAAUUUCAGCAGGAAAGAGAGGCCUUUUAUAUAAAGGAUCCAAAAAAGGCUCUCCAAGGUUUUUUUGACCGAGAAGGAGAAGAAUUAGAAUAUGAAUUUGAUGAACAAGGACACAGUACUUGGCUCUGCAGGGUGAGGUUACCUGUGGAUGAUUCAACUGGAAAACAACUGGUAGCUGAGGCCAUUCACUCAGGAAAGAAGAAGGAAGCACUGAUCCAGUGCUCCCUGGAAGCUUGUCGGAUCCUUGAUACUUUGGGAUUGUUGCGUCAGGAGGCAGUAUCUCGGAAGAGGAAAGCCAAGAACUGGGAGGAUGAAGACUUUUAUGACAGUGAUGAUGACACAUUCCUUGAUCGGACUGGCCUGGUAGAGAAGAAGCGUCUGAACCGAAUGAAGAAGGCUGGAAAGAUUGAUGAGAAACCAGAGACCUUUGAAUCAUUGGUUGCAAAGUUAAAUGAUGCUGAAAGAGAACUCAAUGAAAUUUCUGAAAGGCUGAAAGCCUCAAGCAAAGGUCUGUCAGAGUCACCGUCUCAGGAUUCUUUAGAUGCAUUCAUGUCAGAAAUGAAAUCAGGGAGUGCAUUAGAUGGUGUGUCCCGGAAAAAACUUCACUUGAGAACCUUUGAACUGAGGAAAGAACAGCAAAGACUUAAAGGGUUGAUAAAAAUUGUAAAGCCAGCAGAGAUUCCAGAACUAAAAAAGACCGAAAAUCAGACCACAGAUUCAGAAAACAAAGCUAAAAAGCUUACAUUGCCUCUCUUUGGUGCCAUGAAAGGGGGAAGCAAAUUUAAACUAAAAACUGGAGCAGUAGGGAAGUUACCCCCCAAACGUCCAGAACUCCCUCCAGCUCUAAUGAGAAUGAAAGAUGAGCCUGAAGUAGAAGAAGAAGAGGAAGAGGAGGAGGAGGAAGAGGAGGUGAAGAAGUGUGAAAAGAAAAAAAUGGAGGAUGGAAGCAGUGGGCUGCAGCAGGAGAUAGAGCCAGAAGCAGCAGUCCAGGAAAUGAGUCCUCCCACAGACUUCACGUGUUCUAAACAAACAAAAGACCAUGAAAGCAUGUCUCAACUCAGCCAGGUGGCGUGGAAUGAAGAUGACCAAGAGACUAGUGAAACAGCUCCAUCACUGCAGGAGCCCUCAGCAUUAAAGAAUGAAUGUGAGAAAAGCAGAGAUGAAUUGAAGAAAAAGAAAGCUGCAGGUCCAAGCAAGCGUCCACCAACACUUUCCUCCAAAUAUCCAGAAGAUGAUCCAGACUACUGUGUAUGGGUCCCACCUGAAGGCCAAAGUGGUGACGGCAGGACCCAUCUUAAUGACAAGUAUGGCUAUUGA